AUGCAGUCGGCCAACAACGCGCUCACGAGCGCCGUCGACCGCGCCCUCCCUCCGCUCCACCACGCACUCGCCGCCUCGCGCUCUCACGCCCUCGACCUCUACCAGGCGCUCCACGACAGCGACAACCCGGCAGCACAGGCUCUCGUACGUGCCCUCGAUCACCCACGAGUGCAGGCCACCUACGCGCGCGCCACCACCCUCGCCUCGGACCAAGCUCCCCUCCUCAUCUCGGUCCUCGGCCUCGCCGUCCACCUCUACUUCGCCAACCGCACGACCCGCCGUGCGCAAGCUCAACUCGAGCACCAGUUCCAGCAGCGCAACGGUUCCGCCAUGAGCGACUAUGGUCUCGGCGACCCCGCGGGCGCGACGGCGGCGGCGGGCGCGACGAGGAGCCAGAGGAGCAGGGACGACCACGGGCUCGUCGAGGUGCAGUGGGGCCGCGAGAAGAUCCGCGUUCCCCUUCCUCCCCCUUCUUCGCCCCUGUCGACCCUCCGCGCCUCCCUGUACAACCUCACCGGCGUCCCGCCCUCGCACCAGAAGCUCAUCUACUCGGGCGCCGUCCUCAAGGACGACCUCGCGCCCUUGUCCGCCUACGGCCUCACCGACGACGAGCCCGCCUCGUCCUCGUCGGCCGCAGACGACGGCGACAGCUCGGCCAAAAAGUCGUUCUGGGACUCGUGGUCGUUCGCCGGCCGGUCGUCGAGCUCGCGCAGCGGGCGCAAGCUCAAGAAGCUCGUCAUGCUCGGGUCCAAGGACGUCUCGGCGCGCGUCGACGACCGCCUCGCGCAGCGCAAGGACCUCGCCGACCUCGCGGCGGCCGACGCAGCUGCUGCGGGCGCGGCGGCGGGCGGAGAAGGAGCGGUGGCGGGCGGCGCGGGCGGCAAGGAGCCCGAGAGCGAGGACGCGCUCCGGGCGCGGAUCCGCGACGUCGCGGGCCAGAAGCUCGACGAGCUCGAGCCGCAGGUCCGUCAGGUCGAGGAGUGGCUCGAGCAGGCGCAGGCGCAGGCCGCGUCGGGCGACGAGACGGCCGAGGCGCCCUCGGCGCCCUCGCGCACGCUCAUCUUCCUGUCCGAGGUCCUUCUCCAGGGCCUCCUCAAGCUCGACGCGUUCGAGAUCCCGUCGGCGUACGCCGAUGCGCGCAAGGAGCGCAAGGACGCCGUGCGCCGCGUCCAGGACACGCUCGACCGCGUCGACCGGGCCAAGGAGGGCUGGAAGAAGGUCGGCGCGAAGCCUUAG